UCUUUAGUAGGUUUUAAGCUUGACAUUUCCUUGUUUUUAUUUACGAAAAUUUUUAAACUAUUUUAUACACAUUAUAUACAUUUUAAAAAUAUUAUCAGUCGCGCAACCUGAUGAAAGUGGAAAUGGAAAAUGAUUAUAAUACGAUAUGUGAUUCAGUGUCGUCUCUGGUUGAAGGAUGUCGUUUAUCCGUGCGGAUGAAGGGCACAAACGAUUGGCCCCUGGCUGAGAUAAUUAGCAUUAAAGAAGUAUGUGGCCAAAAAGGAUAUUAUGUACACUAUGUAGACUUUAACAAGAGAUUGGAUGAAUGGGUGACGGAGGAGGACCUAGACACGCGGAAGGUCCAGUUCCCGAGGAAGGACGGCGGCGGCAGCAACACUGGCGUGUCGACACCGAAGAAAGCACAAUGCGCUACUCCCAUGGUACCUGGAGCCAACAAUACCAACACAUCACGACCUUCGAGCCCGAUCAACAAUGUGGAACAGAUCAACGGCAAUGCCGUUUUGCAAGCGGCGCUGCAAAAACGGAUCAACAGGAAACGCAAGGUGCCGUCGUUGGAGAGCGAAGACUCGCAGGAUGGUCCCAAGCCACAGCCGGCGGCCGGUCCCAGGCAGUCCGGCAGCAUGGUCUCCCACCACGACGAUAUCGUGACCAGGAUGAAAAACAUUGAGCUCAUCGAGCUGGGUAAACACAGGAUUAAGCCUUGGUACUUUGCGCCCUAUCCGCAGGAGAUGGUCGGACUGGACUGUAUAUAUAUUUGCGAGUUCUGCCUGAAGUACAGGAAGAGUCGGAAGUGUUUGGAGAGGCACCUGGCAAAGUGCAACUUGAAACAUCCGCCGGGCAAUGAGAUCUACCGCAAGGAUAAUAUAUCGUUUUUCGAAAUAGAUGGCAGAAAAAAUAAAGUGUAUGCUCAAAACCUAUGUCUCUUGGCCAAACUAUUUCUUGAUCAUAAAACUUUGUACUAUGACACAGAUCCCUUCUUGUUUUACGUGAUGACGGUGCACGAUAAUCGCGGAUUUCACAUAGUGGGGUAUUUUUCCAAGGAAAAGGAGUCCACGGAAGACUACAAUGUUGCCUGUAUCUUAACUAUGCCGCCUUAUCAACGGAAAGGAUACGGCAAACUUCUUAUAGAAUUUAGUUACGAACUCUCGAAGUUUGAGGGUAAAACGGGAUCGCCGGAGAAACCCUUAUCGGAUUUGGGACUUCUGUCGUACAGAAGUUACUGGGCGCAAACUAUUUUAGAGAUAUUGUUAAGCAUGAAGCCUAUUGGAGACCUUGAAAAACCUCAAAUAACCAUAAACGAAAUAUGUGAAUUGACAAGUAUAAAAAAGGAGGACGUAAUAUCGACAUUACAAAACUUAAACUUAAUUAAUUAUUACAAAGGACAGUACAUAAUAACUCUGUGCAGAGACACAAUAGAGAACCACUAUAAAGCGAUGGAGCUGAGAAAAAUUCGAAUAGACCCCAAGUGUCUGCACUGGACUCCCAAGGAUUGGGGUAAAAGGGCGAAGUGGUAAAUAUCUUUUUUUAAAAAAUAAAUGUGAGAUAAAUGUG